UGUUCAAUUACAGUGGUUUUAUAUUAUAUAAAACCAUAUUAGUCUUAUAAGUAAUACAGUUAAUUGUUUUAAUGCUUCAGCUCUAAUUCGCAGCUGAGGUGACUCUAUUUACACCAUCCCGGUGUUCGUAACACCCCUCAACGUCAUCACCAGCCUGACCAAUCAGCGCCUCGCAUGAGCUCUGCGUCCAUCUUACUGGCUACAGGGCGGGCCAUCACGCCAGUCGCUCUCGCUUCUCAUUGGUCGAUGCGCUGUAAACCCAUGACGCCUCAGCCAAUCAGAGGAGUCAGUCGAUCGUGUGAGUGCGGGAUUGUCGCUGCGCAGGUUAUCUGAUUCUGUCCUGGAUCUCUAUAGAGUUUGAAUGGAAAUAGCAGCGCGUGAAUUUCAGCUCACCUGAUAGCGUCCUCAUAAACACACGGGCGAAAAUGGACAUCCUCAAGUCUCUAGGACACCCGGAAGAAAUAAUCAACCUCUUUAAAUACAAAAUAGGAGGCUGUCGUUCUGUUAUGCCUAAAUUGGAUUAUGACUCCAUGAGCGAAACCCUGCGGACCUGCUACGCGUAUCUGAACCAGACCAGCCGGAGCUUCGCGGCGGUGAUCCAGGCCCUGGACGGAGAGCUACGGCAUGCGGUGUGUAUUUUCUACCUGGUUCUGCGAGCUCUGGACACAGUGGAGGACGACAUGAGCAUCCCGCUGGAGAAGAAGGUCCCGUUGCUGCAGGACUUCCAUACGUUCCUCUAUCAGCCGGAGUGGAGCUUCAGCGAGAGCAGAGAGAAGGACCGGCAGGUGCUGGAGGAUUUCCCCACGAUUUCAGUGGAGUUCAGGAAUUUGGGCCAGGAGUAUCGUGACGUGAUUUCAGACAUUUGUCACCGGAUGGGUGUGGGAAUGGCCGAAUUCCUGGAGAAGAAGGUUUCCUCCAUGAAAGAGUGGGACAAGUACUGUCAUUAUGUGGCCGGUCUGGUGGGGAUCGGUCUGUCCCGUCUGUUCUCGGCGUCCCAGCUGGAGGACACUGAGGUGGGCCGGGACACGGAGCUGGCGAACUCCAUGGGUCUGUUCCUCCAGAAGACCAACAUCAUCAGAGACUAUCUGGAGGACCAGCAGGAGGGAAGGGCCUUCUGGCCGCAGGAGGCCUGGAGUCAGUUUGCGUCCCGUCUGGAGGAUUUCGCUCGUCCUCAGCACCUGAGCUCUGCCCUGUCCUGCCUCAACCUGCUGGUGACCGAUGCUCUCCAUCACGUCCCAGACGUCAUCGCAUAUCUGUCUCGCCUCUGCAACCAGAGCGUCUUCAACUUCUGUGCCAUUCCUCAGGUGAUGGCGAUAGCGACUCUGUCGGCGUGCUACAACAAUCCUCAGGUGUUUCAGGGUGUGGUGAAGAUCCGGAAGGGUCAGGCGGUGACGCUCAUGAUGCAGGCCACAAACAUGGGCGCAGUCCAGAGCAUCAUCGCGCAGUACAGUCAGGAGAUCCUGCAGAAAGUGUCCGGCGCGGAUCCGUCCCGAGAGAAGACGCUGCGCAUCCUGAGCCUCAUCCGCGAGAAGAGCCUGUCUCCAGCCGCGCUGUCGUCCCGAGCGCACCACAUCUCUCCCGUCUACGUCUCGGCCGCCAUGCUGUUAGCGGCGCUCAGCUGGCAGUAUCUGAACGCCACGAGCGGCCAGCCACCGGGGGGCGCCGACAUGCAGCCACACUGAGACACAAAGCAGCCCAGAACUCUCUCUGCCAAACCACAGCACGAGUCUGGGAUCUUUAGGGUUCUUUCUGUUUCACUAAA